AUGGCUGACGAGAAACUGGAGAUGGGGGAAGUCCGGACGUCCCUUGUGCCGUCGCAGCCCGCGGCGCCGCCCGAGAGGCCCCCCAACAAAUUCGAGCGCUUGAUACAGCCCUGUCUCGCUGAGCUGGUGGGGACCACGUUUUUCGUGUUCAUCGGCUGCGUCUCCGUCAUAGAGAACGUGGAGGCCGCAGGGAGGCUUCAGCCGGCGCUAGUGCACGGCCUGGCCGUGGCCGUCAUGGUGGCCUGCAUGGCGGAGAUCAGCGGCUCCCAUUUCAACCCCCCGUUCACGCUGGCCAUCUACCUCUGCAGAGGCAUGGAGAUGACGAUGGUGGCCCCCUAUCUCAUAAGCCAAGUGGUUGGAGGAGUGAUUGGAGCUGCCAUGGCAAAGGCAAUGACCACGGCGGAGAACUACGCCAAGGCCCAGGGGGCAGCGUUCGCCAUACUGCAGUCUCAGGAUCAGCUCGGAGGAGCUCUGUUCGGGGAAAUCGCCAUGACCUGUCUCGUCACCAUGGUGGUGCUGCUGGGGGCCGUUAACGACAAGAGCAAAAGCCCCUUAGUGCCGUUCAUGGUGGGCUGCACCGUCAUCAUCAACGUCCUGGCCGGUGGGGAUGUAUCCGGUACCUGCCUAAACCCAGCCAGAGCCUUUGGCCCGGCGUUGGUGAGCGGGUAUUGGACCUACCACUGGGUCUACUGGGUGGGCCCCAUUAGCGGUGGCUUGGUAGCAGCUGCAUUGGUCCGACUUCUCCUGGGAGACAGGAACACGCGACUGAUCCUGAAAUGAGACUUGUGUUUUGAUUCAUUCGAGUGAGGUGACUUAUCGCACCGUUUCCCCCCAAAAUCAAACCUUCCCG